GCCCUGUUACACACAUUUGUCUUUCCUACUUUCCAGCAAUACUUGAAGUGCACAGAGACACUGUACCAUGCUGCGCUGGAAGCUGUUGACUUUAGCAAUGCUCUCGAAGAAACCAGAAAAAAAAUUAACACCUGGGUGGAAGAACAGACCAGUGGUAAAAUCAAAGAGUUGUUCACAGAGGGCAUUCUAGGUUCAAACACUGUCCUGGUGCUGGUCAAUGCUAUCUACUUUAAAGGAAAGUGGACUGUGCAGUUUAAGGAAGAAGACACCAAGGAAGAACCUUUCAGGUUAAACAAGAAUCAGACCAAGAAUGUGCAGAUGAUGUUUCAGAAAAACGAAUACAAUCUGGCCAUCAUAGAGGAACCUGAGAUUCAAGUGCUUGAGCUCCCCUAUGGUAAAGAAAAAGAACUGAGUAUGUUCAUUCUUCUACCAAAGGACAUCAAGGAUAACUCCACUGGCCUGGAACAGCUUGAAAGUGCACUCACCUAUAAGAAUUUACAGGAAUGGACCAGCUUGGCUAAGAUGCAAAAACAAAGCGUGAGCGUGUAUCUGCCCCAGUUCAAGAUGGAGAAAAGCUAUGGCCUUGGCAGAAUUCUGGCAGCUAUGGGAAUGCCGGAGCUGUUUGACUCUUCAAAGGCUGAUUUAUCAGGAAUAUCAAGAAACCGUGAUGUGUUCAUGUCUGCAGCCAUCCAUAAAUCUUAUGUGGAAGUUAAUGAAGAGGGUACUGAAGCAGCUGCUGUUACAGGGAGUGCGAUGGGAACUACAAGUGUUGAGAUUCCUUAUGAGUUUAAGGCUGACCACCCCUUCCUCUUCUUUAUCAAACACUGUGGAACCAACAGCAUUCUCUUCUAUGGCCAAUGUACCUCCCCUUAGGUACAUUAAAGGUACAGGAAGACCUAAAGCAUUGUUGUAGUGAGGAUAAAAGAUAAUAUUUCUCAAGUUUUUUUUUUAAGUUUUGCAAAUUUGAAAUGAGAGGAUUCUUCAUGCAACUGCAUCCAAAAAAAAUCUCCUAAUCUAGUGGUUGGCAACCUUUAAGCUGAGAGCUAAAACAACACAGUUCUGCUCUGUUGUGAGCCAAGUGCCUUUGGCAGCACAUUGGCAGUGGGGAGUUUUUCCUGUGCCCAUGCCAGGGCCAGGCAGCUGGUAGCUGUGUCCGUGCCAUUGCCACUGCUUCUCCCCACCGGCUGGAAGCUUUUGCCCAUGCUACAUUUGAGAGAGGGUGGUGGCAAAAAGCAGCAGAGGCACAGGCACAGCUGGAAACUGCCCAGCCCUGGCACAACCCCUCGCUGCCUGGCCCUGACAUGGGGGCAGGUGCAGGCACAGGCAAAGCUCUCCAUCUCCAGUGGUUCUGCAGGCUGAAACUGAAUAUGUUGCUGGCCCCUCUUCUAUUAUGUUAUUGUCUUUCGCCUUUAUAUUGCUUACAGUUUAUUGUCUUUAUAUUGGGUUAUUAUAACAUAACCAGGGCAGCCAUCUCCUAAAUUUGAGAUCCUUUUGACUCCAUUAGGUGCUCUUGUUUCCAUGUGUUUUAAGCUGAGGAAGGUGCAAGUAAAUCAGGAGGGCAAGCUGAUGCCUCUCUUCUCACAAAUGGUGGCUGGAAAUGUUUCCCACAGUGAGCCCAAUUUUGUGGCUCCCUGGGGCCUUUCUCAUAUAAAACCCAAUUUUAUGCCUUCCCUCAUGUCCUGGCAUUACUCCUCAAAUAUAUCCACAUUGCCACAAUUUGAAGAGGCAUGUUCCCAUGUAGAGGUAAUAGGAUAAACCAUCAGGUGUAUGAAGUUUUCUAGUCACACGCUAUACCAACAGCUACACAGAGACUCUCUCUUCCAGCAUCAUUCACAUCCCCACCCUGGCUUUUGCUUAAGCCCAUGGAAGAGAGAGAUACUGUUGCAGAGGUAGCUGACCUUCUCUCUCUGUCUGAAUGCUGGGAAGCAGGAUGCAGCCUUCAAAAUAACUCAGCUUUCUGUCUGAGAGGGGCUGCACAGUAUUUGGCCCUGAUUUAUUGUUUCCAGAUGAAACUCUAAAUGUGGUCAUCUAAUGUGGUCACCUGUGUCCAGUUGUUUACCAGUUUAAUCUCUGCAGUUUAGACUAACCUGCAAAGACAAUAGAUUCACCCUCAGGCUUUUUGACUGUCUGUACUUAGCCCUAGAUACAAAAGGCUGCCUGUUCAGCAAUGAUGCAAAUAAAUGACUCAGUCACAUGUAAUGAGCUUCUGGAA